GGGCGGGGUUAGGAGCCCCGCCCGCCACAGAGCUGGGCUCCUGCGUCCGGACGGUGAGCUGGGGCCGGACCCGGCUGGCUAGCGGGCGGAACCGGGCCAGCGGGUCUGCUGCGGGGUGAUCGUGCUGGGCUGCGGGCCGCGCCAUGCUGUCGCCCCCUGCCCGAGCCUCAGCUUCCCUGGAGCCUCGCCUUACUCCUCCAUAGUGGGGGAGACGCGGCGUCGCCUGGCGGAUUAAAUGAGAGGGUGCGUGGAGCGAGCCUGGCACCGUGCCCGCUCACCGCCCGCGCUCCGCAAGCAGGAACUGCCCGGACGCUUGUCAUUCCCGAGUCCCCAGCAUCGCGACUCUUGUGUCCAGCCGGAGUUCCAGCCUCACUGAACCAGUCAGGCGCAAGAGCUUCCCGCUACGGAAGUGCCCCCAAGCACUGACCAUGUCUAUUAUGGACCACAGCCCCACCACGGGUGUGGUUACAGUCAUCGUCAUCCUCAUCGCCAUUGCUGCGCUGGGGGCUUUGAUCCUGGGCUGCUGGUGCUACCUGCGGCUGCAGCGCAUCAGCCAGUCAGAGGAUGAGGAGAGCAUCGUGGGGGAUGGCGAGACCAAGGAGCCCUUCCUGCUGGUGCAGUAUUCAGCCAAGGGACCGUGUGUGGAGAGGAAGGCCAAGUUGAUGACCCCCAGUGGCCCGGAAGUGCAUGGCUGAUCUGGGCUGGCUGAGGCUCCUGGUCCUGUUUACAGCCAGCUGAGAGGCACCGGGAGGGCAGAACACAGACAUGCUGCUGUUUGAGAGGAAGGGUUGACACUUGCUGGCAUGGCCUCAGCAGGCUUCAUCAUCACAUGCACUGACUCCGGGGGCCUGGCCGUCCUGGGCUCCCCCUCGGUCUCCUGGUGGGGCUGCCCAUUGCAGGCAGUGGGUAGGCCAGACCUUACGGGGCUCCUGGCCCCUUAGAGCUUUCGUUACUUGAAUGUUUAGCUGAGCCUGUUUUUGAUGGAGCUACUACUGUAAUGCGUGAAUUAACAAACCUGUGAACUGUAAAUAGGCCCCAGAAGCACGUGCUUAAACCUUUUUGCUGAUUUUUAAAAAUAUCACUUAGAGCACACGGGAGGAACUGGUUGGAUUAUGACUGUACUCGUGAUGAGCCAAGUCAAGACCAUGGCGGGUCUUAGGCUUUCAAAGGCCGAGCUGCACUUGGCAGGGGGCUCUAACGUCUAUCCAUGGUAUGUGAAGAAGUGAAGGGUCAAGUGUUAGGCCUCGAAGCUAGCCGAUCAGUUGGGCUGCUUUGGUGAUUUCUGCUUGGUUAGUACCAGGCAGAACUACACCCCUCCCUCUGUUCAGGAAAUGCAGUUGUUUAAUAGCAGUGCCUGUUGAUGGCAUUAUUGCAAGGAAGCUACCGUAUCUGCUCAGGAGCCGGUGAAGGACACAAGUCCCGAGGGCUGCCAGGCAGCUUGGUGGCAGAGCAGUUUCCCGUCCCUUUGGUCUUGCGCAUGCCGAGUACUCCCCUCAGUUCAGGCUUCAUAGAAACAUCAGAGCCCACGAUGGCUGCCUUCCGUCGGAAACCCAAAUAGCCCAGGAGAGAGAGGAAACAUUUUUGUUUUUUAAGGUGGAGGAAGAGACUACUGUCUCCCCGCCCCUUCCCAGCCACUUCCCUUUUCACAAGCCAGCUUCCUUUCCUCUGGUGACCGCCCACCUGCUGGGUACCGGCUCUCUCCUCACAGGGCAGCUCUCUCCUCACAGGGCGGGCAGGUCUCUAGACUGUUCACAGCACUGCCAUGCGGUGCAACGCGUUCUUUGGCGCACACUCACACUCGCACUGGAGCUACCAGAUGCUCCCUGCCAGUCUGUACUUCGUGCAGGGAGUGGGGGAGAGUGGGAAGGAGCUCAGGACUUUGUUUCUAGAUGAGGAUUUGGUUGCUUAGUCAAGGCCACACCUUGACAGCUGCAUCUCCAAGUUGUCCCUUGUGUACACUCCACUGAGCUCGCUUAGACUUCUAACCCCACCACUGCAAGCAGCUCCUGAUUGAAACAACAUGAUUCAAACGUGGCUUUCGUCGGCAUCCAGGCUGAUGAGCCAGAGGCCAGCCGAGGCUUAACCUUGGAGCACUGGCCCUAUACACUUGAGUCACCUGCUGACAGCAUGGCCAGGGAGCACAGAGCUCGGGCCUCCUCUGAAAAGGUUGUUGAACUCACCGUUCUAGAACCCCUGUGGGGAGCUACAGGGAGCACUUCCACUUUGGCAGCAUAUACCUAAACUGGCCAUCAGCCAUUAAAUGACUUGGGGUGGGAAGGGGGUAGCUAAUGAGGCCACUGUGUUGAAAGCAGUACUGAACCACUAUGAGGUGGCUCCUGGGGACCCUUAGGGAGCAAGGGAGGAAAUGCCCUUGGCCAAGUGGGAAAGAGAUGGUGAGGGUCAGGUUGGACGUUAGCAGAGGCUGUACAGGCUGAGGUGGGAAGGAUGUAUGGCAGUGCCAGUAGUGGUCCAGCCACUGAUGGGACCUUGGAGGAGGGGACAGAAGGGCCAAAGGUGCCAGCUGGUGACUUGUGGAGGAAGUAGGUAGAAAAGGCCGGGGCUUUUCAUCCAUCCCCUCUCGUGUCAUACCUUCUGGGCUUUCUACCUCUACUCAAGUAGCCUGGUUUGUCCUCCAGUUCCGUAGCCCAGUCGUCCACGAGUGGCUGGGAUUUGCAUUUUCUGAGCCUGGCCCUGGAACUGACCUUUGCUCUGCUGUCAGACUUGCCUUGCAGUGGUUACUGUGCCAGUGAAGCUUUGGUUUUAAAUGAUUAGAUGUGGCUUUCUCACCAGUGUCACUUUUGGAGGUUUUCUUACCCCAACUUCCGAUUGCCAGGGACAUCUUUGGAGCUUGAAUCAGGCCCAUCAAAGUGGGAUGGAAGCACUGGGGUGGGUGAAGCAUGGUGGGGUGCUGGCGGGGGUCUUUGGGAAGAAGAUGAAAUGUCCAGAGACUGAACACAUAACAGCCCUCACUGUUCUUAUAUAUCAAUAGUUUAGCACAGACACCAGUCACACGCAGAUGGCUUAGUAAAUUAUGACCUCUCUUUGAAUUUUCUCAAUAGUGCAAAUGUUGCACUCAAGUUUUCUGAGUAGCCAGGAAGUUAACCUUUCAUCCUUCAUAUCAUGGCAGAGGCAGCAGCAGCAGCAGGGGAGUGGGAAAAGAACUCUUGACAUUGAGCCACCAAAUUAUAGACUAAUUUUUCGGACAGCUCUUCAAAUGGACUGUGCUACUGUUUUUGUCUCGAAGCUACCAAGUUUGUGCAAUAAGUGGAAGGGAUGUUAUCCCUGUCAAGAAAAGCUGAAUAACAUUCAAAUUCAUUUUCUAGACCACUGAGAAAAAUCUUUAUUUACAAUAAGUUUCAAUAAAAUUUGCAUAAAUAUA